AUGAGUGGCGAUUGCGCAAUCUAUAGCAUUGCCGAGGAGGGUUCUAGCAGCUAUGUGUUUCUGAUGACCGCGUGGAAUCACAACGCUGCGAGGCCAAAGCCUCUGGGGCGACCCAUCAAGAGCAACGCCUUGCUCGAGACGGUGUACUGGGACACGAUGGGGAACCCGAGCUGCACGUGCAAUCGUAGCCGCUUGAGCUUUGGCGCAGCAUGCGUUCACAAGCUGGCAUUACAAGCGCUCCAGGAACGUCGGCAAUCAAGCCACCGCUCAUUUCAGAAGGGGCAGCGGGUGGUGGAAGCGCCGUGCAGUGGCGUGGGGCAGAGAGUGUUCGGGGUGUACUGGAAUGCGGGUUCCACCUCGCCUAAGAGGACGAUGGUGCACUUCAACGCGGGGGAAGAGUUUGAGUGGUACUGCGAGGGAAGACGCGGGGGCUGUAGCAAGACGACCGAUUGCAGUCACCUUCAGGAGGUCAAACGAGCGCUGCAGAGGAGAGAGGGGGUCAGCAGAUUGGAGGGCUGUCUCUUCUCGGAUUCGCAGCUGGAGCGGGCCAGAUUAUGGCUGCACCAGAAGGACGGCGAGGUGCGGGAUGGCAAGGAGCACGCCGCUUCCACUCCCCCGCAAGCUGGUGAAGAGAGUUGUGCAGUCGGCGAAGCUGGUCACCAGGAAGAGCUGGAGGCCCUCACGGAUGAGGAGCGUUAUCUCCUCGGUCUUAUCGCGGGGGAGCGGCACGAUGCUAGCGCCCCCCUGUGGGACGGGCUGGUCAAGUUUGAUGCAGACGUCUCACAUCUACUCUCUGGAUUGGUCGCAGGAGGUUGCCAGCGGGCUGCUAGCGGGCUGCCCCUGGGCCAGCCCGCCCUGCCCUGGAGCCUUCUGAAGUAA